AUGGACCUGAACAACGUGAGACGUGCCUCCUCUGCAGGAUACCGCUUACCGGAGAGAUCCACCGGAGACAGGCCGACAACAACGCAGCCUCCAGCGGACAGGACGCGGCGCGCCAGAGGAGGAGACCCGGUGUGUGUGGAGCAGAGUCCGGACAGAAGAGAUCCUGCGACCCGGGACCAGCUGUGGAGGGAGCUGGUGUGGAGUGAGAGGAGAGGCCUGAGGGAAUGGGAGAAGAACUGGAGCUUUCUCAGGAACUAUGAUCAGCUGGGACAGCUGAAGUCAGAGGAGCCGUUACCCAGCUACGUGUCGCUCUUCUCUGAUCGCGUCCCCAACACCACCACCCAGAUGUUCAGCAGCAAUCUGUCCACUCCACUGGGAAGAGAACUGGUCAGACUGGACCGGCUGCUGCUCUGGUCUGGGAGCUCUCACAAGAGCAAGCGGGAUCCAGAGAUGCUGCCCAGCUAG